CGGAAGAGGAAAUGCAACACGGUGACAUAAAACGUGUGCGGAGGCUGAAGCCCGACGGUCUGUUAUCUAGAAAGUUCCAGCCCGAGAUAUCUCUGGACGGCAGGCGACCGCGCGUGUAGACGGACUGUCCGCCGAGGGAGACGACGACGCCGUCGAAAAUGUCCGCCAUUUCCGAGGAAAAUGUGCGCGGCGGGAGCGUUUUCAAGGACAUCGGCGCCGACGACGAGGACUCGCAGCCCACCGAGAUCGAGAGCCUGUGCAUGAACUGCUACCAGAACGGCACGACUCGGUUGCUUCUGACCAGGAUCCCGUUCUUCAAAGAAAUAAUCGUCAGCUCUUUCAGCUGCGGCAGCUGCGGCUCGUCAAACACGGAAAUCCAGUCUGCCGGCCGGAUUCAGGAUCAGGGCGUUUGUUACGCACUGAAAGUCAAAACAAAGCAGCACUUGAACCGGGAGGUCGUGAAAGCAGACAGCGCGACCACCCGGAUCCCCGAGCUGGAUUUUGAAAUCCCCCCCUUCACCCAGAAAGGCUCACUCUCUACCAUCGAGGGCCUUUUGGACCGAGCGGUCGCGGGGUUGGAGCAAGACCAGCCUGCCAGGCGGGCAGCUGACCCAGAGGUGGCUGAGAAGAUAGAGCAAUUCAUCCAGAAGCUGAAGAAGUUAAAGGAUGUCGAAACCGAAUUCACAGUGGUGAUUGAGGAUCCGUCUGGCAACAGUUUUGUGGAAAACCCGCUGGCCCCCCAGAAGGAUGAGGCUCUCACUGUGUCUCGGUUCAAGCGGACGGUCCAGCAGGACAUGCAGCUGGGACUCAGGGCCGAUGAUGACCUGGACGAAGAACCCAGCAGCGACUUGGAGGCCAUGAGAAAUGAGGUCUUGGUCUUCAACACUAACUGCCCAGAGUGCAACGCGCCAGCCUCGACCAACAUGAAGCUCUGCCAGAUCCCUCACUUCAAGGAGGUGGUCAUCAUGGCCACGAACUGCGACAGCUGCGGCCACCGGACCAAUGAGGUGAAGUCAGGUGGAGCCACCGAGGAGCUGGGCACCAAGAUCACCCUGCACAUCACUGACCCGUCAGACAUGACCCGAGACGUGCUCAAGUCGGAGACGUGCUCCGUCGCCAUCCCGGAGCUUGAGUUCGAGCUGGGGAUGGCAGCUGUGGGCGGCAAGUUCACCACUCUGGAGGGGCUGCUGAAAGACAUCAAAGACCUGAUCGUCUCCAAAAACCCCUUCAUCUGCGGUGACAGCGGCCCCACAGAUCGGGUGCAGAAGCUGAAUGAGUUUGGAGAGAAGAUAGACAAGGUCAUCGCCGGAGAAAUAAAUGCCCAUGUCAUCCUGGACGACCCGGCGGGGAACAGCUAUUUGCAGAACGUGUACGCCCCGGAACCGGAUCCCGAGAUGACUGUUGAGAAGUACACCCGCUCGUUUGAGCAGAAUGAAGAGCUUGGUCUGAAUGACAUGAAGACUGAGGGAUAUCAAGAGGGAAACUGAGCUACCAGCACCAGCUGAAGGGACUAAAUCAGUCGUUGAUUGAUAAUGUCUCGACAUAAAUCCAGUGUAAUUACAUUUCUCCAUAUUUUCUGUUAUUUUCGUACUUUUAAAGUUCAAGGAUUGUUUCCAUCAGUAUAUUGAUCAGUGAGAGGAAUUCUAAGUUAUCUAAAUGUACAUGAAAACCAAAUAAAUUUAAAACACAUAAGUAACCUGAUUUCUAUAAUAACACAGGGAUGUUGCUGUUACUAAAGUUGCAUCUGGUUCUUAUUGCAUUCUUGUGACGUCCCACAAGAUGGCGCUCUGUUAUCUUUGAUUAAAAAGGAUUUUUUUUUCUUUCAGUGGACCACA